AUGCUGUCCUCAAUAGCACGCUCAUACGGCAAGUUGAGAUCGGAUGUUUCAAAAACACUUUUCACAGGAACCAAAUGGUCUCCUGAAAAAGACAAAUACGAAAUUCCAAACCCAGAUGAAAUCAUCAAUGAGAACGAAAUCAACGAAGCUCUUGUUGAAACACGCGAUUACGGAAAGGAUAAGGCUCGCGUAUGUGGAAUCCUUGAGAAAGCCAGAGAUCGUGCUACACUUAAAGAUGUUGUUGCCGGACCAUCUGAGUUCCUUCUUGGUCUUUCCAUCCAAGAAGCUGCAACACUUCUUAACGUUCCAAUAGAGGACAGUAAUCUCAUUCAGGAAAUCUACGAUACAGCCUUCUUCAUCAAGAAUCGUAUCUACGGCAACCGUAUUGUUCUUUUCGCUCCACUUUACGUUUCAAACUUCUGCAACUGCUCAUGCACAUACUGCGGUUACCGUGGAACCAACACACAGAUCGAGCGUUGCAAGUUGUCCACAGAUCAAGUCAAGAGAGAAGUCGAAGUUCUUGAGAAGAUGGGCCACAAGAGAAUUCUCAUGUUGACAGGUGAGCACCCAACAUACACAUUUGAUGACUUCCUUGAAGCUCUCAAGGCCGCUUCAUCUGUUAAGACAGACAAAUCUGGUGAGAUUCGUCGUAUCAACGUCGAAAUUCCAACACUUUCUGUUACAGACUUCAAGCGCCUCAAAGCUCUCGGUUGCGUCGGUACAUACACAUUAUUCCAGGAAACAUACCACCGCAAGUCCUUCAAGAAGUUCCAUCCAUACGGUCCAAAGGCUGACUACGACUACCGUAUCACCUGCAUGGAUCGUGCUCAAAUCGGUGGCAUUGAUGAUGUCGGAUUUGGCGCUCUCCUUGGUCUUUAUGACCACAAGUUCGAAGGUCUCGCUCUCCUUCAGCACGCCAAGCACCUUGAUGAGAAGUUUGGCACAGGUCCACAUACCAUUUCCUUCCCAAGAAUCAGACCAGCUACAGGCACACCACUUUCCGAGCACCCACCACACGUUGUCAACGAUGAUGACUUCAAGCGCCUUAUCGCUGUCCUUCGUUGCGCUGUUCCAUACACAGGCAUGAUUAUUUCUACAAGAGAAUCCGCUAAAAUGCGUAAGGAACUCCUUAACAUCGGUAUCUCCCAGAUUUCUGCUGCUUCAUCAACAGAAGUCGGCUCAUACAACAAGACAUCCGAUGGUAAGAAGGGCCAGUUCUCAAUCUAUGACCACAGAUCUGCUGAUGAAGUCGUCAGAGAUCUCAUGAAGGACGGAUACGUCCCAUCAUGGUGCACAGCCUGCUACAGACUCGGCAGAACAGGUGAGGCUUUCAUGAAGUAG